AUGGCUUCCAAGGAGUUAUCACCACAGGUGCCAAAGCCAAAAGAUGAUCCAAAGACUACAAUCCAGGAGAUCCUCAAGAUCGUGGACCAACUGCAUACAAAGCUUCUUCCAUCUCAGACGCAAGAUAUAAUAACGACGUCUAGGAGCACUGGUGGAGGAGUCCAUAAGCAAACAUGCUCACAGACCAAUAACAAAAAGAAGAGACUUGAGUCAGUGUCAAGUUCACCUGCUGUUUUAGUUGGCCUAAAAGAUUCUGAGGAUGUGGUUCCCAAGCUGCAACGUAAUCUACGUAUGUUGAACACUGAUGUGAUUAAGCUACAAGAACUUAACCAAGACGUUGGAUAUGAGGUGAGGAAACAUUUUACUCCACUUAACAAUCUGCUAAAAAAAGUGGAGUCCUCAAAACCUGAGUUGACCAAAGGUAUGAAGAAAGAUUUGGAGGAUAUCAACAUGAAGAUGUUUAACUUGAUGAAGAAAGUCCCCAUGUUGCCCAACAAGGGUAAGAAACCCAAAGGAAUAGAUUCUCAUGCUGGCGAGGAGGACAACUACGGGAAAUGCAUUGCUUACUUGCCCGGCCUUCAUGCAAACCAAGAAGCUUUCAAAAGACUCGCCGUGUUCAGAGAUGUACAAAACAAGUUCAAGGAGCUUAGUACUGACCGCAAGAUCUGCCUGCUGAGCUUAGCCGUGUUCCCGGAGAAUCAAAAGGUGAAUAGAACGAUGCUUAUGUACUGGUGGAUAGGGGAAGGCAUUAUUCCUUAUAGAGGCACUCAGCGAGAUAAAGAGAAACCUGAAAAUGUUGUGAAGGAGAUUCUUAAAGAUUUCACGGAUAGAAACUUGAUUGAACCUGUUGAAAACAGACGCAAGGUGGAGCCAAAUAGCUAUAUGAUGAACCCUUUUGUGCAUUCUUCUGUGGUUGUUAUCUCCAGGGAGAUAGGUCUUUUUGAUAUGUAUCAUAAAGGGAAGAAGCCAAGGAUGAGAAAAUCAGAGUUAAAAAAGGUUUGCCUUGUGGAAGGGUCAUCAAGCCAACCCGAAGCAAAAACUAAGAAGAUGCCAGCAGAGGACAUAGAGACAGUGUUCAAUGUUUCCGAGAGGUUCCCGGAUUUCACAUUGAAAUGGUUCUCAGAGGAGCAAUCACAAAAGAAGAAUAUUCUGGCAAAAACUAGUUUCAAUGCUCUCAAGGUUUUCUAUAUGGGGAGAUGGGAAAGAACUCCAUACCGCCACAUUGACGCAGAGAGUCCAGAGUUUAUGAAAUACGUGAAGCAUAUGAGUAAACUCAGGCUCUUGAGCUUUCAAGGAAUCUCAAGAAUUGAAAAACUUGACAAUGGUGUUUGUGAGCUUAGUGAACUGGUCAUCUUGGACCUCAGAGCAUGUUAUAGCCUCGAGAGACUUCCGGAAAACAUAGAUUCGCUCAAGGCGCUGGUCUACUUGGACAUAUCAGAGUGCUACAUGAUAGGUCGCAUGCCUAAGAGGUUGUCGUGGCUGGAUAACUUGGAGGUUCUCAAAGGUUUUGUUGUUAGUGAUGUUAUUGUUGAGGAGAAGGUCUGCACUCUGGCUGAGUUGGUGCACUUGAGGAAGCUGAGAAAGCUAAGCAUUACAAUAAACAAAGAGGAUUUUGGUGUUGUUCAACUCUUCGAGGCUAUUAAGGAUUUUCUAGAGCUGGAAAAUCUGAAAGUGGCGUGGGGACUAAUAAAUGAACAAAAAAAUGAUGGCGAGGGAGUAAGAAAGUUCUUAAGAACAACAUCAUAUUUUCCUAAGAGUCAAGCUAGGCCAUUGCCACUACCAGAGCUUCCCAAGAAACUGAAGAAACUGGAUCUGCAGUGUUUUCCUGAUCCGGAUCUUCCUACAUGGCUAAAGCCUCAAAACCUUGAUGUUCUGGAGAAACUCUACAUUCAAGGAGCAACGAAGCUGACUGGAUUUGGAAAGUUACUACCUGAAAAUCCCACUAAAUGCAAUGUCAAGGUUCUACGUCUGAAGUAUCUUCCCAGGCUUGUAGUGGAUUGGAUAGAACUGAGAAACCUCUACUUUCCCAAACUUGAGUUCUUGGAGAAGUAUCAAUGCCCACAAGUUAGUUUCUGCCCCACAGAUGGAAUCGGUAUCUGGCACAAGCCUUGAUAAAAAAAAAAAAGAUCACGUCCAAGCUUGUAAUCUCCAAACAGUAACAUUAGUUUUGUCCCAAGUGUCAUUUGAUCUUGUGAAUUCCAUGCUUUGACUUUAGUGUUUUUCUAGUUGAGCUAUCGACACUUUUUUGGAAAUGAGUUCCGCAAAAUGCCAUCAAGCUUUUUUC